AUGGUUAUUGAUUGUCCUGAAGUGCGUCCAGAGAAAUCGGAUCAGCAGGACACCAUUAAAUCGAAUCUUUCUGUAGUGGAUCUUGAUCAGGCAUCUCACACAGAGACUGGUAAAGGAAACCGGGAGGUGGAGCUGGGAGCUAUUGGAUGCUUGUGUAAGCCUUGCGUAGGAUCUUCAUUCAGCCUUGCGUUUCCUUUGGAGGCUGCAUUACUGCAGAAUGGGCUUAGUUAA